AUGGAGGUGCGUUUUGAAAAUUGCAUAGACAAACAACUUUCCCAAAUAGGAAAUAUAUCUCUUGUCGGAGAUCGAGCGCUGCGAGCCUUCCUGGCGCGCGCGCCCCGAUUAGCAGACCCCGCCUCGAGGCGGUCGGAGGCGGAGCUCGCCGCCGGGGCGUCUCGUUCCAAGCACAACCUACGCCUUCGCCGCCUCCUCUCGCUCUCUGGAGCCCAGAUCCGGCGACGAAGAGAAGUUGCGUCGCGCCAUGGCGUCGCUUCAGGGAGACGACAUAUGUGGAUGGGACAUGGUUUGCAACCUCUACUGCUAUUGGAGUUCGUGCCUGUGCAUACGUGCUUACAGUUGUGCAGCAUCUUUUGAGCUUGGAAACAAUGUUAAAGAGAAGCUCUAGCUAAUUAGGUGGAGGCGUGAACCUCAAAAGGCUGGCUUUGCUUUUGCACUUGAUAAAGAUGGUAAAGGAAGUCAAUCCUCACAUUAUGCAGUAUAUAUGGUCAGCUUAUGCCAAGCAAUAUAAUUCCAUGAUACUUUCCAGAUAUAGCGCGCACUCCACUUAUAUUUUUGCAUGUGCUGACCUUUAUCGCUUUCAGUAUGGUUAGGUUUAAAGCAUCAGCAGGCACAGAGAUGAGAUCCAUACUAUGUAAUGAGGUAACUGAUUUUCUUGAGGUAACUACCACAUCAGCAUGAGCCUUCGGACAUUGAUAUUAUAUGACCUUAUGGUCCUUCAUUC